ACGAACAAGUGCUGCCUCAGGCACCGUAGGCUGAUGGGGAAGGUUGAACCAGGCCGCAAGGGCCCGCGCAAGCCUUCAAUCGACUCGUCGGUGACACUUCGUGAGAGUCAAUAUGUCACGGUCAAAACAAAGAGCAAACGCUCGAUCAUGCGAGGGCAAAUGUUCAACAUACUGCGCCGACUUGCCGCAAUUGCAGCAGCUAUCCAGUAUGUUAUUGUCUCCAUGUCAGCCACUUCGUGGGCUUUACACGUUCUGAGUGGAGCACACAAUCCUACUGAGACUUUACGGGUGUUCCCGUCAUCACUUAUUCAAGGUUACAUGGGUGAAGGACUUGUCCGCGACAGUCCUUUAGUCCAAAAUAUUUUAGGUGGCGACACAACUCCUCGAGACUCCGCACUGUUCCUUGAGUCGGAAACGAAGACCUCGACCGAAAACUGCUCCACAGUGCCUCUUUUUAACUCCGCAAUCUACAAUUUCGAGUUCUUGAGCGAAAGAUUCCAGGGAAUGAUAGACGACUCGAAGUAUAACACCUCCGAACUUGACAAUCUGGAACUCGUACUGAUCGUAGUCGACUGUACGUUCCGGCAAAUUCUCACGGGUGACCCGUCCGCGGUGCGAGUGUUCAACUUGGUUCGUUCGCAAUCUGACCCCAACGACUUGUACGUGGUCACAAUGUCGCUGAAUGUACAGGAGUAUGAGGUGCGCGGGUUAAGGAAGAAAGGCCCAGCGACGGUGGGUAUACUCACCAAGGUGCAAGACAUGCAGGCUCAAACAGUGGAAACGUUCUAUAUGGUAGCACGGUCGUAUCCGUAUCUGCGCGUGCCGACCUUCGAGAUGUAUGAGCGGGUGGGAGUAACGAGUGAUAGUUAUCGGGAGCUACUCAGUAUUCCACGCGAUCCGUAUACUCAGCCUGUGCUGCAUUUGGUCACGGCACGAAAACGUGGUUUUUACAAUGGUGACACGCAGCGCAAUGUUCGCGUAAUGUAUUCAUCCUUGGAUGGGCUGAACGCAAAGACAGCACUGACACGCUGGGAGUGGAUUGGUCGGGCUGGAACUCAAGAUUCAUGGGCCUGGGUGCAUUGCAUUCAUUUCUUCUUUGGCUUGCAGACAAUCUAUUCCUUGAUUGUGCUCUUCCUCGUGACGUAUCAGAAGAUUCGGUCGGGCAAAGUUUGGAUUGGGGAUCCCUUCUCAACGAUAUCGACAGCCGACCUGGUGCUGCGGGGUAUUCUAGUGCUGGUCUCCUGCUUUCUUGACAACUUUUGGUCGGUCAACGAGUACGCAAUGUCUAGAGCCUCGAUGCUUACGGGAUCCCAAACGGUUCUGGUUCAUAAAGAGAUCAUGCAUGCUGACAUCCUGGUGAUCGUACUCAGUAUGGCGGGGUUUCUAAGCGCUAUCUUUCGCGAACGGCUUGACCCCUCAAUUGCCAUUUUUCUCUUUGAGUUUAUUCACAGGUACCAAUUGCCUUUGAUACGCACUGCGCCAGUCGUUGUGGAGAAGAUUUCGACCUACUCGAACUUGCAAUGGGGACGUGGUCUAGCGCAGGUCACUCCCGCGAUUGCAGACAUGUCUCCCAUGUCGUUAUGGUCAUCGUUCCAGUUUCCAGCGAAAGAUCCAGUUUUUAUCAUUGUAUCCUUCUUUCCAACGACUUAUUUGAUGGUCGCAAUGUCGACUCUUGCAAUUCUUCGGAAGAUCUAUCGAUGGCGCUAUCCGGAUAAAGUCCAUGUUCGAUCGAGCCAAAGUACGGAUACGUCUGGGAGCGAGAAGGCCGCGAUGUCGACAAGAGGAAUUGUUACCAACUUUGAGCUUUCAACUGGUGCGAUGCUUCGGACACGGUUCGGACUCAUUUCAGACUACAACAACUAUGUUUACUUUAAAGGGAUGAAGUUUGCAUCUCCUGAUGGGGUCUACUGCUCGGGCUACGUGAUCGUCAAUGGCAAAUUUCUAGUGAGUACGGAGAAUCUGCUGGCAAUUGUGAUGAUCAAGUUGGUUCACGCACGUCUUACGAAUGUGUACGUGUACGAAGUAGACGGGAAUACUGUCAAGGAGACAGCUAGACUGGUGUAUCCGAACACGUUCAUGUGGUCAGAUUUAUGGCGUCUAAACGUCACAGUCUUACUCUAG